UAAACUGGUGAACGAUAGCAAACGCUCAAACUCACUCGCCGAACCACGACCUUUAGUCAAUAAGUUAAAAUUAAUCACGCUAGACAGUAAACAAUACGCUUAGCCGCUUGCCGUGACAGAAAACUAACUAUACAUAGGAAAACAUAUCAUUCAGCGUUAAAAACUGUGCAAUGAGCAGCUCCAAACCGAUUGUCAAAGUGAAAGAGGGAAGUUUGCAAGGGACGCUGUGCGAUGGUGAAGACAACUCAAAGUUUUAUUCAUUCAAAGGGAUCCCUUUUGCUCGGCCACCAGUCGGUGAUUUACGAUUUCGGAUUCCUGAGCCUCCUACCCCUUGGGAAGGAGUUCGCGAUGCAACCAAAGAAUGCACUUUUAUUUCGGCCCAGAUGGACCACGCCACCGGGUCGGUGAAGGGCGGAGAGGACUGCCUGUAUCUGAACGUGCACACGCCAGCAUUGGGAGGGAACUGCCUCCUCCCCGUCAUGGUUUACAUCCACGGAGGAGGGUUCAUCUAUGGUCGUGGAACAGAAGACUCCGGGCACGGACCAGAUUUCCUCAUAAACAAAGGCGUAGUGGUCGUCAACAUCAAUUACAGACUGGGAAUACUUGGAUUUCUUAAUUUAAACCUCAAAGAAGCGCCAGGGAACAUGGGGCUACGCGAUCAAGUGAUGGCUCUGAGGUGGGUCCAACAAAAUAUUGCACAGUUCAAUGGAGAUCCAAACAAUGUGACCAUAUUCGGAGCAAGCGCGGGUGCAGCCUCCGUAGAGUAUCUGGUUUUGUCUAAGAUGACAAAGGGAUUGUUCCAUAAAGCUAUUUCCCAGGCCGGCUCCUCACUUAUCCCAUGGGCUCUGAACAGGAAUCCAAUGGAGCUAGCUUUUAAGGUGUCCACGAAAAUGGGUAAAAACUUUCAAUCAACGGAGGAAUUGUUGAAACACUUUCAAAAUUGUAAGCUGGACGAUCUUAUUAAAGUUUCAGAAGAUGUGAUCACAUCUGAGGAGUGGAAAGGGGGUAUAUACUUCGGAUUUGUGCCCACCGUUGAAACACCAGGUGAUUGGGAGCCGUUUUUGGGUGAAUCUCCCGAAUUGCUGCUGAAACAAGGAGAUUUCAAUAAGGUUCCCUAUCUUGCUGGUUGUUGUUCACAAGAAGGACUUCUUAUGCUGUACGCGCGUCCUCAGGUUUUUGAAUCAUUAGCAACUAGCAAGAAUUUUCUAGACUUCCUGACUUUCAACAUCGACGAUGAACACAGAUCCAAUGUAAAAGACAAGUUGAAAGAAGUAUAUUUGACUCACGAUGGAACCGAUGACUUUGCGGUUAACUUUUUCACCGAUGUGGACUUUUUAGGUGGCACUUAUUACGCCCUCUCAUUGAUGUCAAGGGCUGUUUCUCCUGUAUACAUGUACCAUUUUUGCCAUGAGGGUGAACUGAAUAUCUUGAAGAAGAAGUUGAACAUAACUCGUGCAGGAGUCUGCCACAGCGACGACGGAGGGUACAUCAUGAGGGAUGACUUGUUGACGAAAUCUCCUCCAGAAAUAGACCGCUUGGUUCGGGACCGAAUGACCGAGAUGUGGACCAACUUCGCGAAAUAUGGAAAUCCAACCCCGGAAAUUAAUGAAAAGAUAACGACGAAAUGGGAGCCCUUCGUCGAAGAUCACCCGGUGUACCUGCGGAUAACCGACCAACUGAAAUUAGAAGAAAACCUAUUGCCAGAAAGAAUCAAACUGUUCCGAGAACUAUAUGAAAAAUAUUACCCAUAGCUACAUACUUUACUACUUACAUACAUACAUUAGUAUGUAAUGUUACUGUAAAAUGUAUAUCGGUAUGGUAAGAAAUAUAAUACUGAACAAAUAAAAUAGUAUC